AUGGCUAAUCUUAAUUUUGUUGUUGUAUUUCUUCUUUUGUCCUUGUUUGGAUCCUCACCUUUGGGGAUAUUCAAACCCAGUUCAUGCAGUGAAGAUCAGAGUCGGGCUAAUAUCAAAUGCAUCUACACUGAAAGACAAGCACUUCUCAGCUUCAAGAAAGGUGUAACUGAUCAUUUGGGUAGGCUUUCUUCUUGGGUUGGUGAGGAUUGCUGCCAAUGGAGAGGCGUGGAAUGCAACAAUCAAUCAGGUCAUGUUACCAAACUCGAUCUAAGCUGUAAAAAGAAGAGAUAUCGCCAGUUGUGCUCGUUUGGAAAGAUAAGUUCUUCUUUGGUUCACUUGAAAUAUUUAAAUUACUUGGAUCUAAGCUGGAAUAAUAUUGCUUACCUUCAUAAUCCUGGAGUUUUUGGUAUGCUAGAGAACCUGAUGUAUCUGUCUCUCUUUCAUGCACAAUUUCCUAAGGAAAUUCUUCCUCAUCUUGGAAAUUUGUCGAGCCUGAUGCAUCUUGACCUUCAUAGAGACAGCUUCAACAUGGAAGUCCCUGACCUUCAUAGCAACAGCUUCAACAUGGAAGCCGAAAAUUUGGAUUGGCUGCCAAGUCUCUCUUCUUUGAGGUACCUAGAUAUGGGGGGACGAAAUCUCACAGGAGCAAAUUGGCUGCAUGCAGUUAAUAUGUUUCCUUCCCUUCACGAGUUACAUUUAUCUGAGUGUGAGUUUGACUGCCUACCACCUUCUCUUCCAUUUGUCAAUUUCACAUCUCUUUUUGUCCUUGAUUUAUCAAAAAACCAAUUUAACUCUUCCAUACCUCAGUGGCUGUUUAAUCUUACAAGCCUCACAAUUCUUGAUCUCAGCUUUAAUUCUUUACAAGGUACCAUUCCAUACAAUUUUGUGAACCUAAGAAAUCUUGAGCACCUUGAUUUGAGUGAAAAUCCAUACAUCACGGGUAAUUUGCCAAGCCUUUUAGGAAAUUUUUGUAAAUUGAAGACUUUAUCUCUUAAAUCGACCAAUAUUGAUGGAUUUUUAGAUAAUUUCUCAACUUGCCUGAACAAUAGCCUGGAGUCCCUAGAUUUGAGUCUCAAUAAGUUGUCGGGAAACAUUCCUGAUUCAUUGGGGAGACUUCAGAGCUUGGGGUACCUCAAUCUCUAUUGCAACUCUUUUUGGGGUUCAAUUCCACCUUCUAUUGGCAACUUGUCAUCCUUGCAGCAGUUGGACCUCUCUUUUAAUGAGAUUAAUGGAACCAUUCCCGAAAGUUUUGGCCAACUCUCAAAACUUGUCACCUUGGAUCUCAGUGUGAAUUCUUGGAAAGGUGUCAUCACAGAAACCCAAUUGAAAAAUCUAUCAAGACUAGAAGAUUUUAUACUAACAACUUAUACCAACCACUCUCUAGUUUUCAAUGUGACUUAUAACUGGGUUCCUCCUUUUAGGCUCAAAACUCUGGAACUAGAAAGCUGUCUCGUUGGCCCCAAAUUUCCUCUAUGGCUUCAAGUUCAAAAUGAGCUCGUGUAUGUCAACCUUAAAAAUGUUAGAAUCGCAGACACUAUACCUGAUGAAUGGUUCUCUAGGAUAUCUUCUCGACUCACUGACUUGGAUCUAUCCAACAAUCAAAUCACAGGGAUGUUGCCACACCAAUUAGUAUAUCCAAAUUUAAAUAUUAUUGAUCUAAGUUAUAAUUGCUUCAAGGGUCCUAUCCCACUCUGGUUUACUAAUGCGACCCAACUAUAUUUAAAAAGCAAUUUUUUUUCAGGCCCUAUCCCAUCAGAUAUUGGUGAUCUAAUGCCAUGCUUGCAAAUUUUAGAUUUGUCGGAGAACCAUCUCAAUGGUAAAAUUCCAUCAUCCAUACAAAAAAUGGUCUAUCUUAAAAUACUUUACCUCAAGAGCAAUCAACUUUCAGGGGAGCUCCCUAAUCAUUGGAGUGAGUUACAAAGUUUGCAGGUUAUGGAUAUUUCAUAUAACCACCUGCAUGGAAAAAUUCCGAGAUCAAUGGGUUUCUUGAGUUCCCUUUCUAUAUUAGUGCUGAGCAACAACCAUCUUUAUGGAGAAAUUCCUUCUACUUUACAAAAAUGUUCUCUUUUGAGCAUUGAUCUUGGUGGGAAUCGUUUAUCAGAGAACCUUCCAUCAUGGAUAGGACCAAAUAUCUUAAUUCUACGUUUACGGUCAAAUCUAUUCAGUGGAAUCAUCCCUCAAGAAUGGUGCAAUCUUUCAUUCCUUCACAUCCUAGAUAUUGCACAAAACAAUCUUUUUGGAGGCAUUCCAGACUGUUUAAAUAAUUUGACUACUUUGGUUUACAGCAACAACAUUGAUCAAUACAACUCUUUGGAUCCAGACUUGAUAUAUAUUGAAAAAGCAAUCAUAGUGACAAAAGGAAGAGAGUUGCAAUAUGAUACUACUCUCAAAUUUGUUAACACCAUUGAUCUUUCAGCGAACAAUUUGACAGGAAUAAUUCCUGAUGAAAUAACAAGUCUCAAGGGAUUAGGUACGUUAAACUUGUCAAUGAAUCAUCUAAUUGGAAAGAUUCCCGAUAAUAUUGGGAACUUGCGGUGGCUAGAAACGCUAGAUCUCUCAAACAACAAUAUUUCUGGACCUAUUCCUGAAAGCUUGUCUUCUUUGACCUCCUUGGCACAUUUGAACUUGUCUUUCAACAACUUGGCUGGAAGAAUCCCAUCUGGCAAUCAGCUCCAAACACUAAAUGAUGCAUCCAUCUAUGAGGUUCUGAAGACAAGUAUGGUGGAGAUGAUUUUGAAAGGCUAUGGUUCUAUGUUUGCGUUGGAUUUGGGUUUGUUGUAG